AUGGAGGACUUUUCUGGCCGAGGCCUUCCAAGAGAAUGGGGCUUCACUUGCUACGAGUCAAACUUUUUCACUAAAAGGACAAAGGAACUCAAGCCUGCUGUCCAAAGUGCUCCUGGUUGGAAGUUGUUUGGAAAAGUCCCACCCAGGGAAAACCUUCCAAAAGAUUCCAAAAUUAUCCAGCAGGAUGACAGUUCUGGCAGUCUUGCAUCAAUAUCUUCCCUCAGUCUAUUAAACACAGGGGAAUAUGAAGCACGGACAGGAAGAGUGUAUAAACCUCCACCUCCAUCAGGAAGACGUAAAAAUAUUGAAUUUGAACCACUGUCAACUACUGCUUUGAUUCUGGAGGAUCGGCCAGCAAAUCUUCCUGCCAAAUCAGUGGAGGAGGCUUUACGUCAUCGACAAGAAUAUGACGAGAUGGUGGCAGAGGCAAAAAAAAGAGAAAUUAAAGAAGCACAUAAAAGGAAAAAAAUCAUGAGAGAGCGUUUCAAGCAAGAGGAGAAUAUCGCUAGUGCUAUGGUGAUUUGGGUCAAUGAAAUACUACCUAACUGGGAAGGCAUGCGUGCUACCCGAAGAGUUAGAGAGCUGUGGUGGCAGGGAUUGCCACCAAGUGUACGUGGGAAAGUUUGGAGUCUAGCUGUGGGAAACGAAUUAAAUAUCACUCCUGAACUUUAUGAAAUCUUCUUGUCGAGGGCUAAGGAACGAUGGAAAAGCUUCAGUGAGACAAAUUGUGAAAAUGACAUAGAAGAUGCUAGUGCAUCUGUUGCUGAUCGUGAGGCCAGUCUGGAGCUAAUUAAAUUGGAUAUAUCACGCACAUUUCCAUCCCUGUAUAUUUUCCAGAAGGGUGGGCCUUAUCAUGAUCUCCUGCAUAGUGUUUUAGGAGCAUAUACGUGCUACAGACCAGAUGUGGGAUAUGUACAAGGGAUGUCCUUCAUUGCUGCUGUGCUCAUUCUCAAUCUGGAAGAGGCAGAUGCUUUCAUUGCCUUUGCUAACCUUCUAAACAAGCCAUGCCAGCUGGCCUUUUUCCGUGUGGAUCACAGCAUGAUGCUGAAAUACUUUGCAGCCUUUGAAGUAUUCUUUGAAGAAAAUCUUCCCAAAUUGUUUCUUCAUUUCAAAUCAUACAGUCUUACUCCAGACAUAUACUUGAUAGACUGGAUCUUUACACUCUACAGCAAGUCUUUACCACUUGAUCUUGCCUGUCGUGUCUGGGAUGUUUUCUGUAGAGAUGGAGAAGAAUUUUUGUUUAGGACUGGAUUAGGAAUCCUUCGGUUAUAUGAAGAUAUUCUCCUGCAGAUGGACUUUAUUCACAUAGCACAGUUUCUAACAAAACUUCCAGAAGACAUUACAUCAGAAAAGCUUUUUAGUUGUAUUGCAGCUAUUCAGAUGCAGAAUAGUAACAAAAAAUGGGCACAGGUGUUUGCCUCACUGAUGAAGGACAACAAAGAAGGGGACAAGAACCAUAGCCCAGCACUGAAAAGCUAAUCGUUAUGUUGAGGUUAAUUGAAAAUGUGGAAAACCACUUGAUGACAAAGGAGCUUUCAUAUUGCUUGUAUGUGGAAAAGCUCUACAGAAAAUGUGAAAAUGAGAUUGAAAACCAACACAGCUCUCAGUGGAGUAAUGAACUGAUGAAAUCUUCACCCUUUUUGCCAGUAUUAGCUUUUGUCAUGGGAAGAUUUGUUUUCACACGGAAUACUAAAACCUAUGAAACUGAGAAGCAGGGGAGUUCAUAUUUAAUACUUUAAAAGAAUCAGCUCAAUGCAAUAAACAUUUGUAAUAACUUCUGUUGGUACUUUAACAAAAAUUUUGAGACAUAACUUUUUUUACAAAUACCACAAAGGCACUUUUUUGGGGGGAUGAGGGAAAUGCUAAAUCUUAAGGCCCUGAAACUGCUAUCCAAACCAAAUGCUUUGGUACAAAUAUUACCUCCAAAAUUAACCAUUUGAAAGUAUUGAGGACCAAAUAAGCUUGUUUGGUAUGUUUGAGUGCAAGAUGGUUAAAAAUUGGGUAAGGGGUAUUGUCUUAUUUACUUCUUGUGUUUUGUUUCUUUAAGUUGCAGCUUCAUUCUUCAGUCUGGGCAAAUGUAAUUAACUCAGGAACUGUGGAAGUAUUGUGCCCAAACCUGUUAGAGCGAAAACAUCUGAAUUUUAAACAGUGGUAAGAUCAAGGCUAUUCGCUUCAGACUGUUCAGCUUUCAAAGCAAGUGGUGUUAAGCAUUUGUUUUGGUGUAUUGGUUAUUAACAAUGAAGUGGGUAUUCUGUGAAAGGGUUUUAGCCACCAGAAGCUUUAUUUUGUUGAGCCAUUUCCAACUAAAAACUACUUGUAUGGAUUGAUGAACACUAGAUUGACAAAGCUAUC